AUGUCGAGACCCCACAUCUGUCAUCCCACACAUUUCAUCGAGUUUGGUCGAUUCAUAAUUAUGCGCCUCACCAGAAUCGCCGUCAUCUUGCAAAGCGCGAGCUUCUUCGUGUCAAUUCUUGCGGUCCACACCAUGCCACACAUUAUGGAGCAUAUUAAAGAGUUUGAUUGCAGCGGUCGCCGAUUCCAACAACGAGAAUACGCGCAAUUAACAAGGACCGAAUUGACUGGUCCAGUUAACCAAUACGGCUGGACUAUGGAUAAGAUAUACAAUGACUUAUUGAGUGACAGAUCAAAUUAUAACCUAAGUGCCUUUCAAGACGACAGCGAUAGUUACCAUAAAUUUUAUGAGCUCGAGACUACUUCGCAAAGGCACGAAAUCAGUCGCGGUUACGUUAUCUACGCUUAUAUACUCGUCACUAACCAACAUGGGUUCGUGAAUGCCAUGAUUAGGAGAAGGGAAAGUCACGUUGGCCGUCAGGACCUCCCAGAUACAUACUCCAUAUGCCAAAUCGCUACUUGA